AAUCUGGAAGCAGAGGAAAGUAUUAGGCAAAUAUAAAAGGCAUUUCUUACAUAAAUAAGAGUCGAAGAAAAAGCAAUCCAAGGAAAGAAGGAAGACCCAAACCAACAUCCUGAGCCUCUGCAGAUGCCAAAUGUGUUUAAUUUGCUACUAAAACAGAAGAAAAUUCAUAGUGGAAGUAGUUGAUCUCUUCAAAUAAAAUGAUGGGGCUUUGAUUCAAUUGGCUCCGAUGGGGCCGGUGAGAGGAAAUAAAAAGAAAAGGAAAUUUGAGAAGAAAGCUGACGAAAACUCUUUCAUCUCAGGGUCAAAAACAAUUGCUGGUAGUCCGUCGUCUUCACAGAUAUUAGACAACUUCAGAUCUACUUUCAAGGUGUCGAGAAAAACUUUCGACUAUAUAUGUUCCCUAGUGAAAGAGAAUAUGAUGGCUAAGACACAUUUUGCAUUCACUAAUGGUAAGCCAAUGAUGUUAAGUGAUCAGGUAGCCUUAGCACUAGUAAGGCUUGGGUCUGGCAACUCGUUGGCUUCAAUUGGUGAAUCAUUCGGGGCGCACCACUCGACUGUCUCGCAAGUGACGUGGCGCUUUGUGGAGGCCAUCGAAGAAAAGGGUCUUUGCCACCUCCAGUGGCCUUCAACAGAAUCAGAAAUGACACGGAUAAAACACAAGUUUGAGAUAAUCCGAGGCCUUCCGAACUGCUGUGGCGCAAUCGACACUACUCAUAUAACCAUGCUGUUGACCUCGUCUGAUCAGGAAGCCGACACCUGGCUUGAUCACAAGCUGAACCACAGCAUGAUCCUGCAAGCAAUUGUUGACCCUGAUCUGAGGUUCCGUAACAUAGUCACUGGGUGCCCAGGGAAGAUGACCGACUCCUCUGUGCUCCAGAGCUCGAGCUUCUUUAAACAAUGCCAGAAAGGGGAGAAGCUGAACGGGAAGACGACCCAUUUGUCAGAAGAAACAGAGUUAACGGAAUACAUAGUUGGCGAUUUCGGGUUCCCAUUGCUACCGUGGCUUGUGACUCCAUAUCAAGGGAAGGAAGUCUCAAAUCAAGGAAAAGAACUCUCAAAAGUUGAAGCAAAUUUUAAUAAGAGGCUACUCGCGACCCAAACUGUCGCUGAAAGGGCGUUGGCAAAGUUGAAAGGGGUGUGGAAGAUGAUUCACGGUGAAAUGUGGAGACCAGACCGUCAGAAGCUGCCUCGAUUCAUCCUAGUAUGCUGCAUUCUCCACAACAUCGUUAUAGACAUGGAACAAGACAUCAACAAUGAUUUUCCGUCGUCGCUUGCCCAUGAUGAAGGAUACAGGCAGGAGAUCUGUGAAUCUGUCGACAAAGCAGGAUCAAUUUUGAGGGACAGAUUGUCCAUGUAUUUUUCAGGUAGAUAGCUAUAUAGCAUUACUGAAGCAAAAUCUUGCACAAUUUAGAUAUUAAUAUAUUUUUUUAUAAAACUGUUGAAUACUGGGUAGACCAGCCAGUCUACAAGAUAAGUAUUUUUAAAUAACUACAAAAUUUUAAAAUCAA